UUGAAGCAUUUUCGUCGUUGCAAAUAGUUUUCCUAAAAUUUUAUUUUUGAAAGUAGGAAAAUUUGUUGAAUAUUCACAAGCCGCGAUGGGGGACAGCAAUCUCCUUUCGGCGUACAAGCUAAUCAACUCGCAGUUGGUGCUCAGCAAUCAAAAGCUGAAGGAAGAAAUCAAAGACAAAAUCGAGAUGAUCAACGCACUGAACGAAGAAGUAUUCAAAUACAGAGAGGAAAACAAAACGCUUCGCGAUAUGGUGCACAAGCUGGUGGAGCAAUUCAAAACCGUCACAACGAUCAUGGUAUCGGUUCGGGAUCAGAGUGAGUCGGUGUUCAACGUAGUAUUCAACGAACAUGCCAGAAAAGAACACGAACAACAAACUCGAAGGCCGGUGGCGGGUUUGUUCUACGAGAAGCGUCGUACCGAGUGCCCGCCGUAUGUGGACGAGGCAGCGAUCGCCGAGGGACAGGAUGAGAAUCAAUCGAUGGAAGACUACCGAUCCGCUAUCGCGGAAGAGGACGAUGACGAACUUGGCGAAGAGGAUGAGGAACAAGAGAAAGGUUCUACGCCUUCCAAGAGUCCACUGGUGAAGCGACUGGGAAGGAAGUCGAAGAAUCGCAGCUUUGAUGAAUCUUUUGAAACCAUAGACACGAACCGUGUUGUCAAGUCGGCCCGCAAGAGUCAGGAAUAUCUGCAAUGUAGAGAUUCGCGAGAUGGUAGGCACAGCGAAGAUGGAAGCAUUCAAGAUAGCACUGAUAGAGAGGAUAGCAACACUAGCAAAACUAUUAUGCCGCCGAUUAUCGUAGUAGAUGCUACGCUGACCGAUAGGAAGUUUGAAGGGCAAUCGACGAUUCGUAAGAGCAUUCUAGAAGUUAGCAGUUUUUCCGUAAAUUCCAGCAUCCCGAGUGACCAGAGUACCCAGAGCGAACUUAAUCCAACAACGGAUCAGAGUAUGCGGCCAGUAUCGAUGAAGCGAAUGGCAAGUGAUUCAAUGUUGACAACAUUAGUCGAACGGGAGAACAACAAGGAAAACAGUACUUUAGUUAACGACACGAUUUCCAACGCUGCCUCUUCUACGCCGGUCGUCAAAAAGUGUAAACCGAAGACAAUCUCCAAGCGCUUCACCGUCCUAUCUCCGGUACCAUUUGUGUCGCUGAAACCAUUGACGAAAGAAAAUCUGAGCGAACACAACAUAUCCUACGACCGAUUGGUGAAAAAUGCCAAAAAGGUCGUCAAGUAUGAAGAACCGGACAGCUGUAGCGAUCAGAACAGUAUAGAUUCCAACGAUUCUAGGAGACCCCGACGCAAGGCUGCCCCCAAAGUACUGAAGGAGCAAAGGAUCAACUUGAAAAUGCGACGAACGUAAUUUUUGUUCGAGUUUGUUUUUAAUGUUUUAGAUGUAGUUUAAAAAAAUAUUUGAACACCAGUGACGCCUACUAA